AUGAGCCAUAAUGCUGGUCAUGUGUGUAAUCCAGAAACAUCUUCUAAAGCUUCUUCUUUCCUAGCAUUGAUUUCCACCUUCAGAUUUAUUGUUAGCCUUGUCAUUAGUAGAAAUAUUUUAGAUUUAACACUUCCUGUUACUCAGUUAUUACAAGCUAAAACCUGUGAUGUUAUGGAUGGAAUGCAUUUAAUUGAGUCAUUAAAAAACUUGGGAAUUUUAUUGAGGAAUGAUGUUGAUUUAUAUCAUGGUAAAUGGUAUAGUGAAGCAGUUUCUUUAGCUAAAAACGUAGAUGUCGAUGAAAAAUGCCCAGAACAGCUGGCAGACAAGUUCACAAUGAGAAUCACCCAUCUUCUAGCGCUUCAGAUUAUUACAAAAGGCUCUCACUAUUCCUUUCUAGACCACUUAAACUCUGAUCUUCAGGCAAGAUUUGAUUUUAGUCAAAUCAACGUUUAUAACGGCUUUAGCGUUGUUCCAUCAAAAAUGAUUUCGCUAAUUAACAGUCUUCCACCAAACAAAAAGAAUUGGAAAGAGAAUUUUCGUUUGUUUUCAGAUUUUUACAAAGAUGAUCUUCCUACUCCCUUAGGAUUAGAUGCUGAAUUGGAAUUAUGGGAAAAGUUUUGGAUAACAUAUGAGGGAUCAUUACCGGACAGUGCAGCUUCCACACUUAAAGCUUUAGGGUUUGAAGGUUUUGAGAAUAUUAAGGCAUGUCUAUGGUUACUAGCCACUCUUCCAGUUACUUCUUGUGAGUGCGAACGCUCUAUUUCAGCACUUCGCAUGGUUAAAACUUACAACAGAAGUACGAUGGUUGAAGAACGCUUAAAUGGACUUGCACUAAUGCGAAUACAUCAGGAAAUAGAGCCUACUGUUGAUGAGGUGAUCAAUAAAUUUGCGUAUGGAAACCGGCGAUUAGAACUGAAAUUGUAA